AUGCUAAUCAGAUAUGUUGCCAGUAAGUUACAUUUUUGAAUUUUUUUCUGAUAUAUUUCAAUUAAUUUAGAAUUAAUGAAGCUGGCACGAGUUUUUCUUCUUCCGUAUGAAUGGUCAAGUAUGCAAUUCUUUGUGGAAUCGGAUAAAGCGCCGCCUCGACCAGCAACUCCUGCUGAUAUCGAAGGUUUGUAUGAUUUACAAUUGAAUUUAUUAUCUUUCAUUAACAACUUUAGUUUGUAUGUUUUUUUAUACGAAAAGGAUUUUUUUAUUUAAAUAUUCAUUUUAGCACAAUUUUUUUGGAUUACAAACGCCUUUUACCGAUUUUUACACAUUUUAAGAUUUAUUGCAAACAUUACAAAUGUAUCAAUUCUAGGUCCAAAUCCGAAGAAGCGAAAACUUGAUCCAUACUCCGAGCAACUUGCUGUUAACGGUGAUUUGGUUGCUUCGAUUGGUCGAUACGCUCUGUACUACAAUGUAAAGAAAGACAAUUACAAGAGAUGUUCUAUUCCAUUGACUCCAAGACUGGCGGCAACUUUCCGUCACGGAGAUAACAAAUCAAUCAAAAUAGGUUUGUUAGUUAUGGGUUCAUUUCAAUUGGCUAUUUCUAGGGGAUGAGAUAAUUAUCCAUUCGUGGUUGGAUAAAAAUUUAAAAGUCGCGACUGUGGCAGUCAAGAUCCUGGAAGAAUACGACACGAUCAUUUUACAAACUGACGGAGAAGAUUUGAGUGACAAGGAUUUCAUUAGCAAUUCAGGCUACCCCCGAAAGGGAAUGAAAUACCUACUGGUAAUCUUUUAUGAAUUAAAACAUUUUGUCAAAUUAUUCCUAAAAAAGGCAUUUUUUUAGAUGGGAUUCUCAAUUAUCCAUGAAAAGACGAGCCAUCUGUCGUUGUCAUCUGGGAUAAUUGCUACAGAAGUAACUCGAAAAUUGCGGUACACAGGUAUCUCUUUCUCCGGAUAAAAUUAUAGUUGCAUCGGUUGUAUUUAAAGGAGGCCUAAACCGAAUAUUUUCGUGCAUAAACUGCUGAUAGAAUGUGGUUGGGGCUGUUAUCAGGCUCCCGAAAACCAUAAUAAAAAGUUAUCAUUUUGCUUAUAAGCGUAAGAAACCCUCUUAGAAAAGCCCCAAAAGUACAGGCAAGAAGGCGCGCAUUCAAAAUAGAUCAGUUCGCGAUUAUCUUGACAAAGGAUUUGCCUAGUGCUCCAUUGCAAUGAUCUACCCACGGCGUUCCAAAAGGGAACCUCGCAGUAGAGAAAAAUGAGGCAGAAAGUACCGCGCCUCAAUUGCAGAAAACUGGGCGUGGUUUAGUUUUGUAUUGGGAAUUCAAAACCCUAUUUCUUGUUACAUUUUCGUUUCUGAGUGUUACUGCUGUGUUUAUACUGUUCGUCAGCUCUGACUUCAUAUAAGUUGGUUGUGUCAUGUCGCUCCUUGGCCGUUUACCGCUUUAGUGGAGGCAAAACGAAAAAUGAUAAUUCGCGAGUUUUUAAUUUACAUGCCAUGUAUUCGACAUCUUUCUGCUUGAUUCAUGUGCAGAAUGAGUUUUUCUACAAUCUAAAAUUGUUCAAAAAAAUUUUUGUCGGCAAAAAUAAUUUUUAAACUGAAUUUCAUGGAAUCUUGUCAAAUUUUUGGGUGUUCCGCGCGAAAGAUUAAAAACUUUGUGGUAUGUCGGUCAAUCUUUUAUUUUGAUAGCUGAAAAUGUUCACACAGGUCCAUUCGAAAGAACAUGGUUAAUUAGAGAAUUGGAAAAAUUUUUAGAGAACACCUGCGAAGAUCGCAGAACUACGCAACAAAUGAGCGUUUUUCCAUUAUCAUUCUAUGUAAUUUUCGUCAAAACUUCUCAACAACAUUCAUUCAAAUUUUUUGUUUUACGUUUUACUAUCAUUCUUUCAUCUUUUAAACAACGAAUACCAUAGGCUUAUAGCUGAAAAUUUUUCGUAAAACCGAUUUAAAGGUUGAGAAGCAAUUAUACGGAUGAUUGCCAGUGAAACUUCAUCGAAUUGCUUCUUUAUGUUUUGAAAGCUUCCACUUUUCCAUGGACAUCAUGAUAAUCACAAAAAACACUCUGAAUUCAAUCGAAACAUCUCAAUUUCUUAAAAUUUCGUUUUUGACAUUUUCUGUGAAUUUUCAAAAAAAAGUUCUGUUGCGCAAGUACGCUCCAACGAACGCAAGGGCGCGGUAAAAUGACACGCCUCAUCGGCUCGCUUGCGAGUUCCCUUUUGGAACGCCGUGUACCGUAAUUAAAGAACAAGAUACAAGCACUUCGUUGCGGGAGAUUAUUCUAGCUUUCGGGUCAGGCCUCCUUUAAGUCCCUUCCAUGUUAGUGGAACGUGUCUUGAACUCUCGUUCAAUUGGAUUGUAUAAGUUGCUCAUGUAGGAAAAAUAAAGCUAACUUUUAACAGGAUCGAGCGGCUCCUUCAAAGGUGAUAGCGGCGGUGGUUGUUGGAGCGAGGACGGACACUUAAUGGGCAUGCAAAUUGAAGUGGAGAAAGUAUUGCACACAAAGGAUACUAAUGGGCGCCCGGCAACCGGUGGUCGCUGUUGUAUAAUCGCAAUCCGCGAUAUUCUUGCAAACAUUCAGGUAAUAUUAACUGAUACUUUCAUUCAAAUAAUUUUUGUAUUUUAGGAUUUGAUGCCAAUGCCAGCGGACUCUGAUGCAGACAAUUGGAGCGAAUGA